AUGUACCUGAUCACAGUGAUUGGAAACCUGGUCAUCAUCCUGGCCACCAUCUCAGACUCCCACCUGCACACACCCAUGUACUUCUUCCUCUCCAACUUGUCCUUUGUGGACAUCUGUUUCACCUCCACCACCAUCCCGAAGAUGCUGGUGAACAUCCAGACACAGAGCAAGGCCAUCACCUAUGCAGGCUGCAUCACCCAGAUGUUCUUUUUCAUGCUCUUUGCAUCAUUAGAUGACUUUCUCCUGACAGUGAUGGCCUAUGACCGGUAUGUGGCCAUCUGUCAUCCUCUACACUACACAGUCAUCAUGAACCCCUGGCUUUGUGUGCUGCUGACUCUUUUGUCCUGGAUCAUGAUUGUCUCUUUAUUUUAUUGUACAACAAUAAGUGUGUACCUUAGUUCUGCUACUACCCAUAGCUCACACUCAAAUGCAGCAGCCUCAGUGAUGUACACUGUGGUCACACCCAUGCUGAACCCCUUCAUCUACAGUUUGAGGAAUAAAGACAUAAAGAGGGCUCUGAAAAGUCUUCUUUGGAGGGAAACUAUCCAAUCAUAA